AUGUCCUCUUCAAAUCGACUUCUCCAAUUUCUAGCCAUAUUUUCCGUUGUUUUUGUUUGCUUCAAAAUUUAUUACAAGAUACAUGAUACACCUAAAAAUGGGGAUUCGGACGAUUCGGAUCAAGAUUCAUGGUUUCUAGUGUCCAAUAAAACAGAAAUUUUUGAUAAUUGGAGAGAGUGUGUGAAAUUGAAAUUGAUGGGUUUGGAGGAUCCCGUUGAGUUUUGGAAGCAAUUUGUGGAUUCGACGAGAAAAUGUGACGAGGAGGCGCAAAUUUCAAAAUUAGGAGUGACAGAGUUGGAAGAGCAAAAAAUUGUGAUUUUUCCCAAAAAUGAAGAUGAAAACAAUCACAACAUAAUUACACUGGGAGUUGGACAAAGUACAAUUGGAGAGGAGAGCGAAUUAAUCGACCAAAAUGUGGCUCAUGUAGAUAUUCUAUACUUUUUGAAGGAUAUUUUGAAUGUUCAGAAAAUCGAUAAUUUAUGGAUAGACGCUGAGGGAGCUGAAUACGAGCUAUUUGAAAUUUUCGACAAGAAUGGCGUCCUUGAUCAAAAUGACAUUGAGUUGUGUCAAGUUAAUAUGGAAAUUCAUAUCUCCGAAGAAGAAGAAGACAAUACGAAUAGCGAGAAACAGAAGAUUUUCAUGGAUUUUGUCAAGAAAAUUAUAGCGGAGAAGAAAUAUGGAAUAUUCAAGGCAUCAGAGAACUUGCAUAUGAAAAUGUAUCUAUUUAAUUUUGAAAGCGAAUAUUGUAAAAAUAAAUUUUAG